AUCACUGAUGAUGAGGCCAAGGUUUACCGGGAGAGAGAAAGAGCAAUGUUGUGCAAACUUGUCUCACAUUGAAAACUGAUCUUUUGAAAAUCAGUGACCCGCAGUGUAUAUAUUCAGCUAUAGGACCAAUAAUAGUUCAGGUUUAUGAAGAUAAAAUAGAAUUCAAAGGGACUUCAUAAUUACCUAGCAACACCUAGGCGAACUGUCGGGCUGAAAAUUCUGGACACCAUACAUCAAACCAUACCUUACAAUGGAGAGAUGGGUUGGACGAGUUGCCUUGGUAACAGGAGCAUCAGUUGGUAUUGGAGCAGCAAUUACUAGAGCCCUUGUAAGACAUGGGAUGAUUGUCGUCUCCUGCGCCCGUGGGGUUGACAAAAUACAGGCGAUAAAAUGUGAGCUUGAAGCUGAGUCUGCACCUGGUAAGGUUCAUCCAAUCCAGUGCGAUCUUACCAAGAAAGAUCAGAUAGCAGCCAUGUUUGAAGAGAUCAAGAAGGAGUUUAGGGUAGUUGAUGUAUGUAUCAAUAACGCAGGUCUGAGCACGGGUUGCCAACUUGUGAACGGUAAUCCGGAAGAUUGGCAAGUAGCACUAGAUGUAAAUGUCAUGGCUCUGUGUAUUUGCACACAAAAUUCAAUCAAACUAAUGCUGGAUAACAAUGUGAAUGAUGGACAGAUUAUACAUUUGAAUAGCAUGUCAGGCUACAGAGUGGUAGGAGAUGGUUUCUACUGUGGAACCAAGUACAUGGUGACUGCUUUGAUAGAAGGUUUACGAAAAGAACUCAGGGCAAUGAAAAAGAACAUCAGAGUUUGCGGUAUUUCACCAGGUAUUGUUGAGACUGAAUUUGCAGCAAGGAAAGCACGCCAAGAUCCAGGAGAAUGUUCUUUUUAUCAGACAAAUCCGAGUAUCAAAGCAGAAGAUGUUGCCAAUCAAGUCAUUCACAUUCUUCAGCAGCCUCCUCAUGUUCAGAUUCAUGAUAUACUGCUUCGAGCAACUGAGCAAGUGUUAUAGUUCAAGUUUCAUACCACCGAUAAUCCUGCAGGCAUCUUGAUCGGCUGCAACCAGAACUUUAAACCAACUAUUUUUUUACAGCAUGCACUAGCCUCUAUAUAUCUUUGUCAUUAAACUUCCCUAUGAUAAUGACUAUUCGUUUAACAUGAUUAUACAACACUUUCGAUAAACUGCAUCUCGUGAUAAUAUAUAUCAGGGCCAUUAUCUUCUAUCAUUAUCAAGCGUCAUAGUUCUAUUAUUUAGGAGAAUAUGAUAAAAAGUCAUAAUGUUUCAUUUAACAUGAACCAAGAUAUGACUGAUAUAUUAUCCUAGAUAUUUUGUAUCAGUGUUAUGUAACUUACGCAUUUAUUGAAUUGAAGCAUAAUACCAAAUUACAUGAUUUCCAAGAGAUUCCAAUUUCAUUUCAUUAUGCAGUGUGACAUUUCGCCUUACUUCGUAAUUGUAAUGUUGAAAAUUGACAUGAAAUGAAUUCUUUAUCAGUCAAUCAAUACAAAGACUAUGUCCUAAUAUUUUCAUGAAGACUGAUACAGAGCAUGAAGAAAAGGGAUUGUGUACACUCAGAAAGACACCUACCAAUCAUUCCACACACACACACCCACACACACACACACACACCCUCCCUCGCACAUUCGCAAACCUGCUCACACAUAAUACAUUACCUCUCUCGCGCACACACACGCUUUCAAAACACUUCAUACACAAUAUAAUUAGGAAGUGUUUAUAUUUCUCCUAUCUCAUUGGUUAUGUAUUUCGUCGAUCAAAAAUCCUGACAAUGGACAACUUUCCUUUGGCUAUACCUACCUUCGAAAUGGCUUCCCUGAUUUCAAAACUACUUAUGUUGAGCACCUCACAAGGAUGUGGUGGUGUGUGUGAGAGGUCUGUGUGGGAAGGUGUGUAUUUUCAUUCCAUAAUUCGGACAGCAGUUUGUUAACUGAUGAGGCCACCCUGAUUAAAUAAAACUGAAAAUAAAUAAAUGAAUAAGUUUUUUUUUUAAUGUGUUUUUGUUUUAUCAUUAAUAUGAAACAAAGAUUUGUCAAUUUUGUUGGGAUUUAUAUUGAGUUUAUUUGAAUAAAAUCCUUAAUAAAAAUUUAAUGAUAAAAAAGU